AUGUAUGAAACAUUAGUAGGCAUAAAUCAUGAUAACGUCUUCGAAAGCAAUUCUAAGAAAUUAGAUUUUCCUAAAGUUUUUUACAAAGAGAAUCGUGGAAGCAUUGGUGAUAUUUUGCUAAACAGUAGAUUUGACCAUGGUUACGACGAUGGCCAGGGGAUAUUUGGAAAGGGUAAUUAUAAGUUUGCAUUUGACGAAGGAAAUCCUGAUAUCCACGGAAUUAUAGAACGUCCAUGCCAAGUAUACGACACCUUCUGUAUUCGCAAGUUCUUCGCAGAACACUCCAAGUGCAAGAUAUCGGGAAGGAGACUCCCUGAUCCAUUUUUCCGGGCACAAGCUGGUUAUCAGUAUGCGAGUGCUAAUAUAUCAGUUACUGCUGUUAACGGAAUAUAUAAUGGCAUAAGUAAUGCUAGAGUGGAAGAAUUUUAUAUCAACAAAGUAACAGACAACUUGGUUAUUGCUUUCUUUUUCGACGAUGUCUCAAUAAUAUCCAACAACACAAACGCAAAAUUUUACCUGAGAGGACGAGAACCGGAAGUUCACACAGACUUCGCUAGUUUGGAUUUUAGGGAAACAUCCGUUACGAUGAUCAUACCGGGAAUAAAAAAUCUAAGGUUGGACAGAGCCGAGAUAUUCUCAGUAAAUCUUAUUGCUCCGUUUACAGCUGGACCGCGUAUAGGUUUGAGUUCAGAUCCUGAAGUUGUAGCCAUGUUUUUAUAUUUGGGGACUGUGGGCAUUCCAGUAGAAAUAUUCGAGGAAAUAAGCACGGAAGGCGUGUUCUUCGCCACUACCUACUUGCAAUACAACAUUUGCGAUUUCGGUCUUAAAGUUUUGUAAUUU